AUGGAGGCGUUGUCGCGACAAGAGUAUCCGGGGAUGCUGGAGCGUUUGCAGCCAGCGGGGGCUGUGGCCAAGUUCAAUGAGCGUGCGAAGCGGAUUGGGAAGCUCAAUACUGAAAUUGCAGAUUGGCUCCAGGAGCGCCGGAAGGUCGAGGAAGCAUAUAUCGCCGGGCUCAAGAAGCUGGCACGGAGGCCAUUGCAAGAAGUCGGAGGAGACAUGGGGAUAUUCGGUUCGCCAUGGAAAAAGAUUAUAUCUUCCACCGAGGAGAUCGCAAACUCCCACUCCGUCCUAUCGCAGCGAAUAGAAAAGGAUGUCGAGGUUCCCUUGCGGACGUUCACAUCAACCAAUCGAGAGAUGCAGCACCUGUCGACAAUACAAGGGAAUUUGGCGUCCAUGGCAAAGGAAUUGGAUGAUGCGCAAGAUAAGUCGGAUAAGUUGAGCAGGAAAGGUGGGAGAGCAAAUUCGCAGAAAGUCGAUCAGGCGACAAGCAAGCUCCAGACCGCCGAGCAGCAGUGGAACUCGCAAGCACCGUUCAUAUUCGAGAGUCUGCAGUCUAUUGACGAGACCCGUCUAAAUCACCUCCGAGAUGUUCUGACGCAGUACGAGACUCACCAGGCCGACCUGGUUGAGCGCAACAGGAUCGCGGUUGAGCAAGCCUUAAGUACAUUACUAGAGGUGGAUACAUCGCAGGAAAUAAAAAACUGGUCCCAAGCAACUGUUGCAGGAAAGCCGGUUAUAGCACGAAGAACAAAGCAGUCAUUACAUUCGGAGAAUUCAGCGGCAUCCAGCAUGCCACCUCCAGCUACUCCCCGGUCUACCCACACAGACAACCAAAGCGAGCAUUCUGGCAAGCACGAGAGAGAAAAUCUAAAAAGUCGUUUUGGCACCAUGCUUAAUAGACGGCGUCAAAGUAUCCAUGGUGGAUUUGCCCGGGCGCCUUCUCCGUCCAAAGGGGGUUUCGUACCAUUCGGGCGUAACUCUGGAAGCAGAGACGGGCGGCCCAGCCCUUCACCGCGCGCGUCAUCAAACAAUUUGCAGGAGUCGCCAUCGCGGGACAACCGUCUAUCAUCACUUGCGGAAUCCCCACCACUGCUAAGUCCCGCCUCCGCAACUAAUGGAAAUGCAAACGGAGUUACCCGCGAAACCUCCAAUAUUUCGGAUGUUAUGACUUCGUCUUCGCCCACCGCAAUUAAUGGCACAACACUUCCUACAACCCCUGACUUGUCCGGCGUUCAACCCCCACCAGGGCCACCCCCAUCUCACACAAAGGAGAGCAAGAAAGAUGCCGAAGGCUUUACCGUCCGAGAAACUUCUAAUGACCCGAUUUCGCUAGCCCAGCAAGAAGCAGCACAAGAUUCUGAUCAACCCCAAUUCAAACUUGACAUCCGGAAAGAUCCCAUUCCAGAGCAAGAUGCAGAUGCACGAGCAGCGCUUUCAAACGUUGCUAAUACCCUCCGAUCUUCUCAAAUGGCUCCACCGAGUCGGAAGCUUGGUACGGUAAGGGGCCGACGAGAUGUCCGAAAUACCAUCUUUGUGCCCGCGGGGCAGUCUUUGGAUGUGUCUAUUCCAGAUCUUCCUGCACCACCUUCACCUAACUUGGCCACUGGCCGAGCUGCUGCCCUAGCUGCCAUUUCAGGAGAACAACACUCUGCCCCCAGUAUCUCAGACACGACAUCAAUCCGUUCAGGUCACUCCCUUUCAAACCAUGCCUUUGUUAAACAUGCUGAGAUGCAUCGGCCUGGUCUAAACGCAUCAAUUAUCGAGACAUUGAGUGCCUCGUUCGAAAACGGCGUGAUCAUAACGUCAAAGAUCGGUGGUGAGAUUGCUCUAGCAUAUAACAGGAGCACUGAUGACGAUUCGCCUUUACCUCCAGAUAAAGAGACAAUCCGAAUAAACAACUUCCCAAAUCUAGAAGUCAUCGGACCAAACCGAACAUUUAUCCAUCCCGUCUCAACCGACAAACCAGAUGAAUUCACAGUUGACCUCUCCUCAAUAAAUUCCAAAACCUCGGUCGCAUUCACAUACCGCGUCCAUACUGACGAAUCAAACAUACACACCCAAGGCCCACUGUUUCUCAAGCCGGCAUGGAAACAACAAGGCGACAAGCUCAACCUCGUAAUAGAAUAUCACCUCAACCCCACAUCGUUCAGCACACCGCUCACGUUCCACAAUCUCGUCCUCGUAGCCACAUACGAAGGCGCCCGCGCCAUUGGUUGCCAAACUAAGCCUACAGGAACACAUAUCAAAGAGAAAUCCCUCGUGUAUUGGAGACUUGGUGACGUGACUCUCAACCCUGAUGAGCCGCACAAAGUCAUUGCUCGAUUCGUAGGUAUGGAAGGCGCCGUACCUACCCCGGGCCAUGUUGAAGCGAGAUGGGAAAUCCAUAAUGCUGCAAAUAUCGGGAUCGGAAGCAAUAUUAGUCUUUCUAGACUUGAGCAGGUGAAGGGCAAGGAGGUCCAGAAGGAAGAGGACGAUCCAUUCGCCGAUGAAUCCGUGGCGGCGGCGAGGGAGGAGGCUGCAAAGUGGGCCGAUGUUGAAAUUAGUAGGAAGCUCAUUAGUGGGAAGUAUGAGGGUAGACAGGUUGUUCCAGCAGCCUAG